AUGUUUGGGAGAGCUCCAAAGAAAAGCGAUAACACGAAGUACUAUGAGAUCCUUGGAGUGUCGAAGACCGCUUCGCAAGAUGAUCUAAAGAAGGCUUACAGAAAAGCCGCCAUCAAAAACCAUCCUGAUAAGGGCGGUGAUCCUGAAAAGUUUAAAGAGUUGGCCCAAGCAUACGAGGUUCUGAGUGACCCAGAGAAACGAGAGAUCUAUGACCAAUAUGGCGAGGACGCGCUCAAAGAAGGGAUGGGUGGCGGAGGUGGUGGACACGACCCAUUUGAUAUUUUCCAAUCCUUCUUUGGUGGAAGCCCUUUUGGUGGUGGUGGAAGCAGCAGAGGCCGAAGGCAGAGAAGGGGAGAGGAUGUGAUCCAUCCCCUCAAGGUUUCUUUGGAAGAUCUCUACAAUGGGACAUCCAAGAAGCUUUCUCUCUCUCGCAACAUAAUCUGCUCCAAGUGCAGGGGUAAAGGGUCAAAGUCAGGUGCUUCUUUGAAAUGUCCUGGGUGCCAAGGUUCUGGAAUGAAAGUCUCUAUUAGACACCUCGGCCCGUCCAUGAUCCAGCAAAUGCAGCAUCCUUGCAAUGAGUGCAAGGGUACUGGGGAGACCAUUAAUGACAAGGAUCGCUGCACACAAUGUAAGGGUGAGAAGGUUGUUCAGGAAAAGAAAGUCUUGGAAGUCAUUGUGGAGAAGGGUAUGCAAAAUGGUCAGAGGAUCACAUUCCCUGGUGAAGCUGAUGAAGCGCCUGACACCAUCACAGGGGAUAUCGUUUUUGUCCUACAACAAAAAGAGCACCCAAAGUUUAAGCGAAAGGGUGAUGACCUGUUCUUUGAGCAUACCUUAUCCCUCGUGGAAUCACUCUGUGGCUUCCACUUUGUAUUGACACAUUUAGAUGGAAGACAGCUCCUCAUCAAAUCCCAACCUGGUGAAGUUGUUAAGCCAGAUCAAUUCAAGGCUAUAAAUGAUGAGGGUAUGCCAAUGUACCAGAGACCAUUCAUGAAAGGUAAAUUGUAUAUUCAUUUCACAGUGGAGUUCCCCGACUCACUAAACCCAGAACAGUGCAAGGGCCUGGAGGCUGUGCUACCUCCCAGGUCUUCUGCACAGCUUACGGACAUGGAGCUGGAUGAGUGCGAGGAGACUACACUGCAUGAUGUGAACAUUGAGGAGGAAAUGCGUCGAAAGCAAGCACAGGCGCAAGAGGCUUAUGAUGAGGAUGACGAUAUGCAUGGUGGUGCCCAGAGAGUUCAAUGUGCGCAGCAAUGA